CCCCCCCCAAACCAAAAGCCGCCAUGACUGACGUCGAGCUCUCCCGCUCAGAGAAGAAGAAGAAAAAAACCAAAUCACCCAAAAAUGAAGACGAAACCCAAACACUCUCCACUCAAACUGACAAAAAAUCUGAUCUUGAUGUCGAUUUUCUCAUCAAACCACAAAGCUACACCCCCACCAUUGAUACUUCACAGUGGCCCAUUCUCUUGAAAAACUACGACCGUCUCAAUGUACGAACUGGUCACUACACUCCUCUCCCGUCUGGGUUUUCGCCACUCAAGCGUCCACUCGCUGAAUACAUAAGGUACGGUAUUCUCAAUCUUGAUAAACCUGCUAACCCAUCUUCACAUGAAGUUGUAGCUUGGAUUAAACGGAUUCUCCGGGUUGAGAAAACGGGUCACAGUGGAACUCUUGAUCCUAAAGUUACUGGUAAUUUGAUUGUUUGCAUUGAUAGAGCGACCCGUUUGGUUAAAUCCCAACAGGGUGCUGGUAAAGAGUAUGUUUGUGUUGCUAGGUUACAUGCUGAUGUUCCUGAUGUAGCUAAGGUUGCUAGAGCACUUGAAGCUCUUACUGGGGCUGUGUUUCAAAGACCACCUUUGAUUUCUGCUGUGAAAAGACAACUUAGGAUUAGGACUAUUUAUGAGAGUAAGUUGCUUGAGUAUGAUGCUGAUAGGCAUUUGGUUGUGUUUUGGAUAUCCUGUGAGGCGGGUACGUAUGUUCGGACGCUUUGCGUGCAUCUUGGAUUGUUGUUGGGUGUGGGUGGACAUAUGCAGGAGUUGAGGAGAGUGAGGUCUGGGAUUUUGGGUGAGAAGAAUAAUAUGGUGACGAUGCACGAUGUGAUGGAUGCACAAUGGAUGUAUGAUAACUAUAGGGAUGAGACUUACUUGAGGAGGGUAAUUAUGCCUUUGGAGGUGGUUUUGACUAGUUAUAAGAGGUUGGUGGUUAAGGAUUCGGCGGUGAAUGCUAUUUGUUACGGUGCUAAGUUGAUGAUUCCCGGGCUUUUGAGGUUUGAGAAUGAUAUCGAGGUUGGGGAGGAGGUUGUGCUGAUGACUACUAAAGGAGAGGCCAUCGCAUUGGGGAUUGCAGAAAUGACCACUGCUGUUAUGGCCACUUGUGAUCAUGGUGUGGUUGCAAAGAUUAAGAGAGUGGUGAUGGACAGGGAUACUUAUCCUAGGAAAUGGGGCUUAGGGCCAAGGGCUUCGAUGAAGAAGAAGUUGGUUGUUGAGGGGAAGUUGGAUAAACAUGGAAAGCCAAAUGAGACAACUCCAGCUGAAUGGUUGAGGAAUGUUGUUUUGCCUACAGGAGGGGACGCUAUGGUUGCUGGUCUCGCUGCUACUAAUGUGAAAACUGAUCCUGAUGCGGUGCCUGCUGAUGGUGCAGUUGGUGAUGUUGAGAAGAAAAAGAAGAAGAAACAUAAGGAAGAUGAGGAGGAGGGUAACAAGAGAAAAUCGGAUGACUUAGAUGCAUCCCCUGCACCCAAUGCUUUAAAGAAACCAAAGGUAGAGAUAGUCGAGGAGAAGAAGGCUGGAGAUGAAGCUGUGGAGGUUGAAGUCACAAAGAAAGAAAAGAAGAAAAAGAAGAAAGAAGCCGAUGAAGCUGCAACCCCUGAUGUAGAGACGGCAAAAAAGGAAAAGAAAAAGAAGGAUAAAGAGAAAGAUGGUGCUGCAUCUUCAGAUGAGGAGAAGUCUGAGAAAAAGAAGAAAAAGAAAAAGAAAGAUAAAGAUGCGGAGAAUGGCGAUGUAGCUGUUGUGAGUGAUGGCGAUGAAGGAAGUAAAAGCAAGAAGAAGGAGAAGAAGAAAAAGAAGAAUAAAGAUGCACAAGAUGAGUAGAGGAGAAGGUCUUGGCCCCCUUGACCAAAUCAAUGCUCAUAUGUAUGUCAUAUUGCAUGUCAUGUAGUUGUUCAAAAUUUUUGCCGCUUAUUCACUUGUCCGGGCAGGAGUUUGAUGCAGCUGAGUUCCUGAUCAUAGACAUGCUUAUUAGUUUAAUAGUUUAAUCUGUGUCUUUUAUUUGUUCAGACUUGUUUACUGCAAUCCACAAGGCCAUUUUCAGUCUUUAGUUUUGAGUCUUUUUUUAUUAGCUUCUUAAUAAUCUGCUUUUGUAUUAUAUGGCUCUGUGGAUGUCAAUAGCUGAAUGACAACUACCUUUGUUUGAA